UCCAAAUCGCCCUAAAAUAGACGACGAAACCUACGCAGAAGGAAGUGACGCAGGUUCACAACUACGAACCCUGCUUGAAAACAAACAAAAAAAAAAGUCUUGAUACAUUUUUGUCAAGCCGCUGAGUAUAACCUUUACAGCACGACAGAUAUGGCUGAGAAUAGAGGAGGGUCAGCUCAGAGUCUGCACUUGAAGCCUGAAUGGGAAAUGGACCCAGCAGAAUACACUCUUCGCAAGCGGCUCCCUCGUAAACUGCCAAAGCGCCGCAAUGACAUCUACAUUAAUAUGAAGACUAACUUCAGGACCCAGCUGACUCGGUGCCAGAAGCUGCUAGACAGUGGUCAGUUCACAGACAUCUGUAUUCAUGGCUUAGGACUGGCUGUCCACAGGGCAAUCAACAUUGCCUUGCAGCUACAGGCCAACAGCUUUGGCGAACUGCAGAUAUCGGCCAACACCUCCACAGUGGAACUAGUGGAUGAUCUGGAGCCAGAGGUGGACCAUGUGGAGCCUAUCACUCAAAUACGCAGCAACUCUGCUAUCCAUAUAAGGGUUUUCCAUGCAGCCAGUAAGGCUUGAUUGACAAAAAGCAAAAUUAAGUCAGGAUGCUGAAUACUGUUGUGAAGAUGGUCACAUAUUUAGGUUAAGUUUGAAAGUCAAAUUUAUACUUAAAGCAAGUAGAGCAGAUCAUGGUAUACAGAAUACUGAACACAUUUAAAUUGGAAAAUGUCUGUGGAACAAAAUAUGUCAACAAUUAUAGAUGUUAUGAGCAUAUAGCAUUAGUUCAAGAGUGAACUGCACCAAUAUCAAUAUGGAUUCAGGAAUGCAUGCAGUUUGGAUCCUGUAUUUUAAAGUGAUCUCUCCUCAAAAAAAAAAAACUCCCGUUUUAUAUUAUUUUUUCCUCUAGAAAUGCAGCUGUCUCUUACAAGAGAUUAAGAUUGCAUGACUGAUGUGUUGCCCUUCCUUUACUUGUUUAUGAGAUUACUGUGUUUAUCCCCAUGAUGUAUUGUUUUCUUUACUUGGCUUUAUUAAUUUGUUUCCUCCUCAAACACGUCACCUCAACUCCUGCUCAGAUUUGAUGGCCGGCAGUGAGAGUAUGCUGUCUGUGUGUGCAUGUUCUUGGUAACCUGGUGUGGACGGACUGUAAAGUGGGCAUACAGAUCACGUGGAAUUGCUGUGGUUCAAAAGGGCUUGGUUGUGAAUUUCUGUGUUCUCAGGUUAUACCUGGGGCUUUGUUGGCAGGAUUUCUUCAAGGAUAAUGCUACCUCUUCAUGGAUUCAGUGUAAUCCAUUUGAAUUCCUCACCCAGGUGUUGUCUAUGUGGAAUUUGUACAUUCUCAGAACUUUAUGUGGGUCUACCUUUGGGUACUUUAGUUUUCCUCCCACAACACCAUAGAUGUACUGGUUAGGUUGAAUGGUGAAUCCAACUUGAUCAUGUGUGAGAGUGAGUGUGUGCCACCGUGGAUUGCCGCCUUGUCUGAAGUUGUUUCCUCUUGUGUGCCCAGUGUUGCAGAAUAUUUUCCAUCCCCUCACAACCCUGACUUGGAUUAAACGGGUUUGUAAAAUGUGGUUUAUGUUCUGGUUUUCUAAUCUGUACUGUUACCAUGCCUAGGGGUGUAUGAUCCUUUAACAUUCUGUCAGGAGUUGCACUCUUCAUCAGCAGCACCUGCUGCUCACCAGCAUGUUAAGCAAUUCCAUCUUUUCAUUGAUUAAAUGGGCAAGCAAGCAGUUUAUUGCCUGAACAGUAUUACUUGCAUAGAUUGUGGUGAGAUGCAUAUUAAUAAAAUAUAAAUAACAUAAUUAUAAUGCAAUUAACUUUUUUUUUUUCUUGACAGUGUGUGUGUGUGUUUCAGUUCAGGUACAGGCAAGAUGCAGAAAUUUAAUAAGUACUCCUUUUUUUAGUGGUUGAUGGGCCAUUACAGGGGAAACCAGUUAAUUGCUUGUGUCAGAUGUUCUGACACUUCUUGCCUCCCCUGUAACACGUUUUAGUAGGUCUGCCUACCUCUCAUUUUUAACAGUCAGUGUCUUUGAGGGCUCAUGGACAGCUCUGCCUUUUGGGUCUUUUUGAUCCAGCUCUAACCUUUUUGGUGACCUGCAUGCCGGAUUGCUCCACCCCAAACCAGUUUUAAAAUGGUUGACCAGCUUAACCUGUAGUACUGAUGAUCCUAAUUUGUUGAACAGAUGACAUUUGGGAUGUUUUUGUAAACACACAAAGUUCCUUAAAUGUAGAGUUAAAUCUACUAAAGUAGAAGAUUGAUAGCACUUUGUCUGAAGGAGGAACUUGGAGAAGCACAAGUUAUACAUGAACAUGAUGGGUCAAAAUUAACCUGAAGGACAUGGCAGUGUUUAAAAUGUAUAGCAGUUGUACAAAAAUGUGAGUUGAAACUUUUUUUUGCUUGUGGUAACGUUAGUGCAUCAAGUCUUAAGCAUCUCUGAGCUGAAUAGAUUACAUUAAUAUAGUUUUUAUGGCUUGUGAACAAACUAAUUACCCUCAAUGCAGUGGAAAAUCCAGCAAAGUCAAUGCUGUCCCAAAAUGCAUUGUGUUAUUUUAAAUGUGUAGCAGCUGUACACAUUUAUUAAAUCGGCGUACUGUGCUAAAACCCUGAGCCGUAAAUAUGAUGUUAAGGAUGUUUUCAUGGAUUGUGGACAAGUGAACUAUCCUAAAUGCAAGGAAAAUUUUAUUGUAGUCAGUGGUGGGUCAAAAGUGACAUGACAAGGUAAAAACAUUUUUAGAAGCUGUACAGAUUAUUGCAUGUUUAACUUUUUGUAACUGCACAUUAACUCGGGAAAAUGUUUAAAUAAAUCACAAAGUUUCAACCAGAAACUCAGGGUACUUUUUACU